GCACCACGUUCUUCUUCUGCAUCUGGACAAUGCGCCGGGAGGAUUCCGUACAUAGAAUCGGUGGAGUCCACCGACGACUUUCUGGUCACGUUCUUCUUCAGCUUAGCGGCUUGUUCUCAUCCACCUUCGUAGGAACAGAGUCGUCUUGGUGCGAGUGCUGCGGUUCCAUCCUCUUGGUGUACACAUCCUCGUAGCUAAGUUUUACUUAUAGAAUAACGGGUAGCUGAUAGUCUAGACAAUCGAAUAACAUUGUCUCUGUUGCUCAUGAUAUGGAUAAAGAUUACAAUCUCUACCUUGAUAACCAGGACAUAGAUUAGCUAAAACUACGUUUAUAAUCUUUUAUAAGCAUAGCAUUUCAUUAUCAGUAAGUCAUUUAAUGAUUUCAUGAAGAUAAAACAUAUUUUGUAGAAUACGCUGAAGAAAUGCGUCUUCUUGACAUAUAUAGCUCCCUCGUUUUCCGCACGAACCUCAUGCAGAAUAAUACUUUUGCUAAUUUUUAGGGUUCUAUAUAAACACACACAUGUUACAUAUAAGGCCGUUCGAGCGAUUCAAACCAAACGAUAUAUGUGAACCCAUUCGCAGUCGUUUGAAAGGGGUCCACUCAGUCGGUUACUGAGGGCUGCUAUCGUAGAAAAGCAGGCAGAAACAAAAUGGUUUGUUCAUAUUUUGAAAAUACAUUAGGCGAAAAUUAAAGGAUAAUAAACCAAAAAGCAUUGAAAUCUUAAAAUACAAAAGUUCCGAAAAUUAAACUAAAGUGACCUGUUAUCAACUUCACAGUCAAAUGAAGGACUGUUUAAUUUCAAUUUAUUUAAUACUUUUGUAUUUGACAGUGUUCCAAAAGUGCUUUGCACAUUUUUCUCCUAAGUCUGGUUGCGCUUCAACAACUAGAGUUGGGUACUGGUUCCCGCAUCUUGGCAGCCUACUUCUUUCCUGGGAAGAGUCACUUCAUGAUGACCAAUGCCAUCAUACGAGAGUUGGUGAAGCAAGGACAUGAAGUUACCUUCAUUACUCCGUUUUCCUUGUCCAAGGAGAACCUCGGACCAAACUAUACGGAAAUAGUGAUUCCUCAAUACGAUUUUUGGCCAGAACUUAAGGAGUUGACCAACAAAAGCACCGUUUUGGAAAUGACAGAUUUUUCAAGUUUCACAUUCCUUCGAAUGGUCUAUGUGAUGGGUAUCCACAAUACGGAUUUUGCAUUCGAGCAACCGGAGAUUCAGGCUGUAAUCAAUGAGAAGAACAAGAUUGGCAAAUACGAUCUGCUGCUGGCGGAGCAGUUCGUCAACGUGGGUGCCCUUAUCUUGGCGCACUUGUACCAGAUCCCCACCAUAACUAUUUCGACUUUUGGUUAUGCUAACUACUUUAGUCAGAUGUUUGGAAUUGUGUCUCCAUGGUCAUAUGUACCACAUGCCUAUAUGCCCUAUACGGAUCGCAUGUCGUUGUGGGAACGCAUCGAAAAUGUUGCCAUCAGUGCAACCGACGAUCUCGUCAGAGAGUUUUCCUACUACCCCGCACAGGAUGCCGUCUUAAGAAAGCACUUCUCCAAACUCCUCGACAGAGUUCCCACCGUCAAAGAACUUGAGCGCAAUAUCUCUGCCAUUUUGUUGAACACCUACGUGCCACUGUCUUCCUCGAGACCAAUGGCAUAUAAUAUGAUCCCAGUGGGCGGUUUGCACAUUCAACCCCCGAAGGCGCUACCGGAGCAUCUUAAAAAAUUCCUGGACGGAGCUACACAUGGAGCCAUUUACUUCAGCUUGGGUUCCCAGGUGAGAAGUGCCGAUUUGCCGCCUGAAAAGCUAAAGGUUUUCCUAGAAGUCUUUGGCAGUCUAAAGCAACGCGUUCUCUGGAAGUUCGAGGAUGAGUCCCUGCCCAAUCUGCCUGAUAACGUGAAGGUGCAAAGUUGGUUACCUCAAGGCGACAUCCUGGCGCAUCCCAAUGUCAAGGUUUUUAUUGCCCAUGGAGGACUCUUCGGCACACAGGAGGCGGUGUACAAUAGUGUUCCCAUUUUGGGAAUACCCGUCUACUUCGAUCAGCAACGGAACAUUAACCAGGGUAAAAAGGCAGAAUAUGCUCUGGGAUUGGAUUACCGGAAUGUCACAGUGGAAGAAUUGCGAGGUCUUCUGCUGGAACUGAUUGAGAAUCCAAAGUACAGGAAUAACAUUAAGAAGGCCUCUCGGAUAUUCCGCGAUCGACCACUUGGAGCUAUGGAUACGGCCAUGUACUGGAUCAACUAUGUGAUCGAGCACCGAGGUGCUCCUCAUCUGAUGUCCGCUGGCGUGCAGCUGCCCUGGUAUCAGUUCUACCUUCUGGACAUUGUGGGUCUAGCUAUCGCAGUGAUUCUCCUGCCAAUCGUGGCUCUAAUCCUGAUCUGUCGCAGGAGCUUCAAGCCAAAGAGCACUCUGAAGAAGAAGACCAAGAAGAAUUAGAACCAA